CACGUGCCCCACUGCUGCCGGGACGGUCACCAGCACCACCCCCUCCCUGCAUCUACACACACACACAACACACACACAGCCGCGCAGCUGGCCUCUCUCGCUCCGUCCGCAGCCGGCACAGGCGCUUCCCCUCCAGGAGCCUCGCGGGGAAAGAGGCGCGGCGGGGAGGAAGAGAGAAGUAGCAGCCACCGCCGCAGCCGCCGAUCUCCUGUUUCGCCACCGGCGGGGGAUCCUUCUCCUUCCUGCCGCCGCCGCCGCCGCCUGGAGGUAGCUUUUCUCCUUGGCGCUGCCCCGGCCGGCUCUCCCCUCUCCCUUUCCCCGCCGCGCGCCCUUGCGCCGCUCCCCCCCCCCGGGGAGGCGCCAUGGGGCUCCUGUCGCAGGGCUCCCCUCUGAGCUGGGAGAAGACGCAGCGCCACGCGGAGCACGUGCGCAAACACGGCAUCCUGCAGUUCCUGCACAUCUACCGGGCGGUGGGCGAGAGGCACAAGGACGUGCUCAAGUGGGGCGACGAGGUGGAAUACAUGUUGGUAGUAUUUGACCAUAAAAACAAGAGAGCGCAGUUGUCCCUAACUGGAGGAGACGUUCUUCAUACUUUGCAAGAAAAAGGAGAAAGAGUAAACCCAAACCAUCCAACUCUGUGGAGGCCAGAAUAUGGAAGCUAUAUGAUUGAGGGGACCCCUGGGCAACCCUAUGGAGGGACAAUGUCUGAAUUUAACACUGUGCAAGACAACAUGAGAAAGCGACGCCUGGAGGCUGCUUCUGUGCUGAAACAAAACGAAGCUGUUUGCACUGUGACAUCAUUUCCAAGACUGGGCUGUCCAGGAUUUACGAUACCAGAGUGUGUGCCUACCCCUGUUGAGACAGGAGCUUCCAAGUCUCUCUUCUUCCCAGACGAAGCCAUUAACAAACACCCCAGGUUUAGUACUUUAACAAGAAACAUUCGACACAGAAGAGGAGAAAAAGUAGUGAUAAACGUACCAAUAUUUAAAGACAAGAAUACGCCGUCGCCGUUCAUAGAAACAUUCCCUAAUGAUGAUGGUGAAGGGGCAAGAGCAGUCAAGCCUGACCAUGUCUACAUGGAUGCCAUGGGGUUUGGAAUGGGCAACUGCUGCCUUCAGGUAACAUUCCAGGCUUGCAGCAUCUCUGAAGCAAGAUACCUUUAUGAUCAGCUAGCGACCAUCUGUCCCAUCGUGAUGGCAUUAAGUGCGGCAGCUCCCUUCUACAGAGGCUACGUGACAGAUAUCGAUUGCCGUUGGGGAGUGAUAUCUGCCUCCGUAGAUGACAGAACGAGGGAGGAGAGGGGAUUGGAGCCGUUGAAGAACAACCGCUACAGAAUCAAUAAAUCCAGAUACGAUUCCAUAGACAGUUAUCUCUCUGAAUGUGGUGAAAAAUACAAUGACAUUGAUUUGACGGUAGAUAAAGAAAUCUACGAGCAGUUAGUAAAGGAAGGCAUUGACCAUCUGUUGGCCCAACACAUUGCUCAUUUAUUUAUCCGUGAUCCUUUGACUCUGUUCGAAGAGAAAAUACAUCUGGAUGAUGCAAAUGAAUCUGACCACUUUGAGAAUAUUCAGUCAACAAACUGGCAGACAAUGAGAUUCAAACCACCGCCUCCGAAUUCAGACAUUGGAUGGAGGGUUGAGUUCAGACCAAUGGAGGUCCAGUUAACAGACUUUGAAAAUUCCGCCUACGUUGUGUUUGUAGUGUUGCUGACUCGAGUCAUUCUCUCCUACAAACUGGAUUUUCUCAUUCCUUUGUCCAAGGUGGAUGAGAACAUGAAAGUAGCUCAGAAACGGGAUGCUGUUCGGCAAGGCAUGUUUUAUUUCAGAAAAGACAUUUCUAAAGGUGGCAAUGCUGUAGUGGACGGAUGUGGACCAGCUCAAAAUGGUACAGAGACAGAUUCUGAAGAAUAUACCUUAAUGAGCAUAGAUACAAUAAUCAAUGGAAAGGAAGGAGUAUUUCCUGGAUUAAUUCCAAUUUUGAACUCUUACCUUGAAAAUAUGGAAGUGGAUGUAGAUACAAGGUGCAGCAUUCUAAACUACCUGAAACUCAUUAAAAAGAGAGCAUCAGGAGAAUUAAUGACAGCCGCUCGAUGGAUGCGAGAGUUCGUUGCGAACCACCCAGCAUACAAACACGACAGUGUGAUUACCGAAGAGAUUAAUUACAGCCUGAUUUGGAAAUGCUACCAAAUCGCCGAAGAGCAAUUUGAAUGCCCUGAACUGCUUGGUAACAAAGUAAAAUACAGCGGAAAUAAAACCAGCACUUUUUGAUGAAAGGUUUUAAUCCAUUGGGGGGGCAUUCUCUGCUAAAGCACUAGCUAUAUUUACUGGUGUGAAUACCUGCAGUUUCAUAGUGUAAAGACCAAAAAUGGUUCUACUGCACUAUUAAGAUGGGCCAAUCUGCCUAAUAUUCUCUUAAAACUUCCUACGAUAGGUGUAUUCUUAUAUUUAAGGUUUAUACUGUGUACAUGUAAAUAGUAAAAUAUUUUUUUGAUUUAACAUCAAUGUAUUUUAAUAACAUUAUACUGAAAGUCAUUGUGAACCAGCUUGUAACUUUUUAUAUGCUUAUUCUGGAAGAAAAAGAAAAAGUUCAUGUUCUCAAACAGCUUUGCAAAGGUACUGUAUGGGUACUUGUAUAUUAUCAGCAUUCCAGACCUUGAAUGUUUACUCUGACUUUUGUUACCUGGGAUGCACUGAAUCUACUGUACUUUAAAGAAAAGAAAAGAAAUCAGAACCCGAUUCACAUAGAUAUAUCUUCCCGUUCUGCCAAGAGAAGAGAUAAUAGCAGUGCCGAUCCUUCUGCUAUGGAAGGCGGAAUCAGUAGAUAUUAAUUCUACUAUUGUAAAUGAAAUACGGCAAAUCUAAAAUUCUCCCUCCUUUAUUCAGUUUGGGUAUAAAUCGGUAUGUUCCUAUUCUAAGAGUGCUCUUGCCCUUUUUGCAAAACUCUUGACACCUUCAGUUAAAUGGGAACGUGUCACUGAUGUGUUGCUUCCUAAUAGACAGAGAAUCUUUUAAGUUCCUUCGAAAUCACUUGUUGCAGAGGAGUAAUUAGUAAUUGGCACACGCCUCCUCUGUGGUUGAAGGUAACAUGACCCUAGUUAGGAUAACAGAAGUUACCAUAACUCCAAUAUGUUCUUACCUCGCUAUUUUCUGGCUCAGUUCAUGCAGUGGUGGUUUGUAACCUGAUGUUCAGACUCAAUCAGCAGGCUGGGGAAAGAAGCAAUUUUUGGUGAUUUCUCUCCCCCCCCCCCAUUGUUCCAGAAGGUCCCUUCAACAGAUUCUGGGGGAUGGGGCGCUACAGGGCAAAGGGGGAGGGAAUCAACAGUUGUGCACCUCCAUUUUGCUGCUGCAGUCUUUCCACCUCAUGUAUCUUCCCAGGGCAUAAGAUCUGGAGCCAUGAUGGAGCAUCAGGCAAGCACCUUACCCCAUUCUUCAGCUCCACUAUACUUGCAAGCAGCUCACUGCAUACCUGGAGAGACCCCAAUCGCAUAUUUCUUCGCUCUUUUAAAAGCUUGAAAGGAAAACGAGAGCUUCAGUUCUGUCUUAAAGUCUAGACUUGGAUGCGGCACAAAAAUAAGAGGAUAUUAAAUUGCAGCAAACAGAUUGCAAGAUAAGGUUUUCUCUCUCUUUGUGACGCAGUUAAACGUGCCCAACAUUUCUUAUAACCUGCAUCCUCUUUAGUAUAUAACUAAUGAUUUCAAGAAGAAUCAUGAAAUGCACUAAUAUAUCUGUGAGUCAGGAACCUCUGAAACAUAAAGGAAUUGUAUAGAAUUUAAAUCUAAAGACAAUGGCUGUGAUUUGUACAUAAUAAUAACCUGAGAUUUAGAGGGAAAGAAGAGGCUUUAAUAUUAGCUGCUUAAAGUAAGACUACAGUAAGUCACUUUUACUGUAUGAUAGGUUAUGAAAUACUUAAUAACAAGCGUAUAUAAAUAUCCUAAGGUGUAGUGACUUACAAAGAGUCCGUGGGGAAAAACUGCAGUAAAACUGCAUUGAUAACCAUAUGCCUGCUGAGAGAUUAGAACUCAUUUGGUGUUCAUAAGUGUGCAUUAGGAAGUGCUUGUAUCAGGUUGCAGCUGAGGGGGCAAAGGCUCACUCAUCUGUGGAAUGAACAGAAAUUUGCAAUAUAUGGUGGAUGUCUGAGUGUAAAUCUAAUUCAUAGACAUAUUUUCCACAGAAGUUGAAAGCAAAUAAAGUUUUUUUAAAAGAA